AUGUCUGAGACAAGGAAGAUUUUGGUGGCGUUGGAUGGUAGCAAGCAUUCUGAAUAUGCUCUAAAUUGUGAGUAUUUUUUACACUUGUGUGGUUUGCCUUGGGGUGAAGGUGGGCGUGAAUGUCGUGAAAGCACCAUCACGGGUACGCAUAGCAUCUAUAUCUAUAUGAAAUAAAUCCUAGCUUCCUUUACAGUAACUACAGGUUAAAGAAUUUUAAACUAAUUGCUGGUUAACGUAGUUUAUUUUUCAGUAGCUUCUUGAUUUUGUUUGAUGUUAAUAAGAUCAUUAUUUCAACUAUUUGCAAUUCGUUCCGCCACUGCUAGCGUGUCAUAAUUCUGGCGUCGACUGCGGGGAUUGGAAAGAUCAACAUCCCAGCCCAGAUAGCUCUUCCACGUAUUAAAUAAAUAUCAUCGGUGAAUCGUAUGGAAUUAAUGCUUAAGUUUGAAGCGCCAUCUGUAUUUACGAAUAACUGAAUGCAUACAUAUCUAAUUAAUAUUAGUGAGCUUACGCAGCAGGACGGGAAAGACAAGAAGACGGCAAACCUUGCAUUUUGUGUGACAAGUAAGCGUGACAACAAUUUUGUUUCAGAAACUUUUCCGCCGAACUUCACCCUCCUUUAAACCGGUCUUUUUGUCAAAGACCAGAAAACACAUAAGCAAUAGGCCUAUCACGUAUCUCACACACAAGCAUUUUGCUGUCCUCUUCACCCCCUUUCUGCUGUCUUGUUGUGUAAACUCACUAUUUUGCAUACAUGUACAGGCCUUUAACCUGAUGGAGAUCAUGGGAGACAACAGAAGAAUAAUAUAUUAAUAUAUUAAGAAUAAAGACGUAGCAAUUAAAUGAAUAUAGAAUGAAAGUCAAUACAUUUAAUAGUAUCUUUUGUCUUGCCAAGCUCCUGAGAUUGGUCUUUCGGGAGGAUUGACUGGAAUAUCUGAAGAAAUUGAAAUAAAAUAAAUAAAAUAAAAACUACCAGAGUGAUCAAUUCACUUUUAACUUCUCUUCUCCUUUCUAAUCAUAUUUAAGUUGUCACGCUUGACCAAUUUUUCCUGUGAGCUGGUUGGCAAACAAUAUCUGCACAGAAACUGGACUCUGAACUUUUGGUCAGUUUAAGAUAAUUGAGCACUUUGGCAGUUUGUUGGUUGGUGUUGCAGAUGAGUGCAAUCACAAAAUGAUGAAAGACAAAAGAUGAAAAGGACCUUGAACAAUACCCAAACAACGACACGAUAGCUAACCAACAAUAGUUUCUGCUAAACCAAGAAACAUCCAUAUAUUUGGUUAAUUUCCAUAUCCAUAAAAGCAAAUGUAUAAAACUUAGACAUCUUCAGUUCUGACCUAAACAUCUUAAUGGAAUUGGAACAUCUGAGUUGAGAAGGAAGUUUGUUCCAAAGGUUUGGGGCAUCAUAAAAGCUCCUGUACAGUUUGUUUUAACAAGAUGAUCACCUGUCUCUAAGACAGACAUCUUUUGGGACCAACCCUGACAGUCUGUUGCAGAGAUGAGUCCGGUUAAUGGAGUGUUGACGUGGCACCAGUAAUGCCAUAUAAGAACAAAAGCUGAACUGAUUUGCAAUGAAUAUGCAUUUGUUUUACUUGUGCAAAACAGUUAAAACUAGGAUGAUGUAAUACAGCUGUAAUAAUAAUUAUUAAUCAUUCUAGCUGGUGAAAAUUUUUUCAGGCUUGUACAUCCUAGUUGCAUCUUGCACAAUUGUUCGAUAAUUAUUGUUUCAUUGUACCCUGAUGAUGCUGGGGUAUUUCCUUAAUUUUAUUUAGAUUGGUAGACAAAGAACCACUUACUUUGUGGGUGUGCUACCACAAAAUCCUUAUUUUGUUUUACUCAGUCCUGAUGAUUUUCUCGACAGGGUUUAUAGAGAAGUGCCUUCGUCCUGGAGACGAGCUGAUUGGAUAUAGUGCAUGGCAGAGUCCUCAUCUUCCUACUUUUAGUCUUAAAUGUAAGGGCAUAAUAUAAAGAACUAAUAGGACUAUAUUGCACUUGUAAAGGUACUAAAGGCAAUAUUAAUGCCCCUAUAAUAUGCCAACCCUAUUGGCACCUUACAACCAAAGCCUCUUUUUGUCUUAUUCUUAAUUGAGGAAAAGAAAAGGAGGCUAUACUUUAAUUGCAUCGAUCAAGCCUUUAAAGUUGCCGCAGCCCAUUCUGUACUAGUCAGUUUUGUUUUAGCGCUUGUCAAACUGGUUUUUCAAGUGCACGCAUCCGUUUAUUGAUAUACGGAAGGUAAUAACUGAGCCUAAUUGUACCAAUAAGCGACCUUAAACAUGCUUGGAAACAUAUAAAAAGAUGAAACCAUGCACCGUAGUGAAACCUGAAUUAACUUAAUUUACAUGGAUUUGUAGACUUUCCAUUACUCGUAUCUUACCGAAGACUUGUCCCGCGCUAAGCUGAGGUCAGGUUCUUCUUUCAUUUUCCUCCAGUGGUAAAUAGAUUUCUAGCAAGCAAGGCAAAUCAAAAAAUCUCUCAUCUAAGUAGAGUAUGGUUAUAACUCAGGAUACCAAAUUGAACAAAUAAUGUUGCAUGAUCACCUGCAUGUGCAUUCACAAGAUUAGUGUGACAUCAGAUGAAUUUUAACGUACAUUCGUAUUAGUAUGCAGAACAAAGACAUCCUGAGAACUUGAACAGAUUUUGGAAAAACCUUGCAAUACAGUUUAUAAAGUACUGUUAACCACCCCACCAACAAUAAGUUGGUUUUGCUCACCUGCACCCUAAUAAAGUGUUGUUUAUUAUCCCUACAGCUCCUUUUCAGCCACCUACAGAAGAGUGGCAGAAAAUUUUGGGUGAUAUCAGGAAGGGAAUUGAUAAGAUUGAUAAUGACUUUUCCACAACAUGCCAGGGGAAAAAGGUUUGUCAUUUUGAUUGUUUAAUUUAACAUCUUAAUAUUGAGCAAGUGUGUGAUAAUGCUAACAUUUCUCUUAUAUAAAUUUAUGCAUUGUUAGACAGUUGCUGUCAUUCACAUGAAAGUAAAACUUAGUAUUCCGGACAGAACAAAUAAAGGGUUAACUUGCUCUAUUAUAUCAACCUCAGCAGAACUGGACUCAGUUCAGGCUUUGAUUGCCUCCACAAAAUGUGUUGAGUAGGACUUUAAUUGCAUGGUUUUUCAUUACUUUUUUUAAGAGUAAAGGGACAGUUUCAUUCCUUUUUGCUUCUAUCCCAUUUUAGUUAAAUACCAUUUUCUUAAUUACUUUAAAACAAAUAUAAAUUUAAUAGUUAAACAAUUCUAGCAAGAAAAACAAACAAAAAAACCUGAUUUUCAUGAUCUCUCUGAAAGAAAUGCUUUGUGAAAGACACCUUCUCUUACUGUCAGUUAAGAUGCAGACACUUCUAUUCUCCCAGCCUUUUAAUACGUAUAAAUUAUUUUCAUGGAUUAACAUUUUUCAUGUGUAGAAUUGAAUAAAGAUGGAGAUAUAAAUUAAAACACAGAGUUAUUUGAUGUGCAACCUUUUUUUAUUCAAAUGUAGCAAAACAUCAAUCCUCAAUAUUUAUAUUGUUCUGUCCAGGGAUGUACUAGAGAUAAUUUAUACCUGCCAAGUGUCAUGCCUGCGGAUCAAAAACUUCAAUGUGACACCUACUCACGCGUGGUAGAACAGUUUGAGCCAUUACAUUACUAACUGACACAUUUUGAAAAAUAUACUAACUAUUUAAAGAAACUGGAACCAAUGAGAGAAAAGACAAGUCCUUGUGAAUGAUCAACUUUCUCCAAAUUCUCUUAUCUUGGUAGAGAAAGUCAAAGGAGACGACGUUGUGUUCCGUUGUGUUUGUGUUAGACGGAACUCUUCGGAACGUCUUUGGAUAUUAUCGGACCCCAACAAAAAAUCCUGGUACUCUCGGGAUGAAAAUGUCAUGCCUAUAAAUUAAAAAAACUUGGCAGGUAUAAUAAUAUAUCCCAUAAUAAUGAGAGGCUCUCAAUUUUAAACAAAAAUUUUCCGACAGAAAUGAUUCCCUUUAAUACAAUUUUGAAGCUUAACCCAUUUGCCCCUGGAGAUUUUGCAGACAAAUUUGUUUUGAAGCCACUUGAACUAAAAGUUAAUUACCACAAAGCCGUUUACAGGUUGUACACUUCACAGCCUUCUGACCCAGAUGCAAAAUAUCAGCUUGCGCAGUUUGGUCAUGCGCGGAAAGCAAAAAAGAAUGGUCAAAAAGUGUUGACUUUACUUUUCGCUUUCUCUCCUCCACUCUUUUUUCAGUUUUCUUGUCUCAUUUUUUUCUCUUGUUUGGCAUUAAGUAGGCUUCAUUUUGGUGGGAAAAGUUUUUAGGAAAGCUUUUAGGAGUUUUCAGGAAAGAUCUCUUCACUCUGCACAAGUUAGCAGACAAAGUUGUCCUUGACCAUUAAGACUGAUGACAUCACAAGCGGUAGAAAGGACGCGGAUCCGCAGGGGUGGUUACGGGUGGCUCAGGGGCGAAUGGGUUAAAGAUCAUAUAAAAUUUGAAAAAAAUUAUUCAGAGCAGGGCUGUCAAAAGUUUUUAAGUAGAAGGCUGAUACUAAAAAGUAGGUAGCUUUGGAACUUGCACCUAAGGCACAAGUUCUUGAGGGCUGAGGCAUCUAGGGACGUUUUGAACUUUAUAGAGUCACAGAAAUUGCGUUUCCAGGAGUUUUUGAGAGGUAUUUUCCACCGCUGAUGCCAUGUUGUUUUGUCAGAAUAUAUGCAACAUUGGGAACAAUGCUGUUGAAACGUCCCAGGCAUUCCACAACAUUGCACGGUUUGAAGAAUUGAUCCUGUUUAAAUAUGCGUUCAGUGUCAUUCAAAACAGGGAAAGAGAUGCUUUACGAUAAUAUUUGAUGGUGCUAAGAUAUUUUUUGUUAGCAGUUAUGGUAGGAGGAGAUGAAAGUAGUCGGCUAAGGAUGGCUAACUAGCCAGCUGUUUUGGCCGGCUACCAGCCCUUAUUGACAGCCCUGUGAGAGGUCUCCAAAUAACUCGCUUAUUUGUUAAAGAAGGCCAAAAUAAAACCCAACAAAUUAAUGACUUGGUGUUGCUUUGUUACAGAUUAAAUACAAAUUCACUGAUGAAUCUAUGAACCCUGGAGAAGGAAUUUGUGCUGCUGCUAAAAAGGAAAAUGUUGAUAUGAUAGUUAUGGGAACAAGGGGAUUAAGUACGUUACGUCGCACCGUCUUGGGAAGUGUCAGUGAUUACGUUUUACAUCAUACAAACCUCCCUGUAGCUGUGGUACCAAUGCCAGAAGAGCAACCUGCUGAAUGA